AUGCGCCAGCAGCGUACUCUGCAGUCGGGUAAAUUAGAAGGGGAUGUCACGCCCUUUGCGUCCAAAUCCGAACAGCCUCAUGCCUUAACUGUGGUGUACAACAGCGGUGAGAGAAAAUGGCAUGUUCAGGAGUAUACUCAAGAGCAACAUGAAGACUUCUACACCAACCCCUCGGCCCCAACAGGAGACUCAGGUGAAAUAGUCUUCCUUCGAGGAUUCCUAUCACCGUCAUGGGUGGCGGCCAUCGGGAGUAAAUAUAACGCUGACCCCGAGUUUUUUCGUCGACACAUGGACUUUCUUUCGCCUAGCAUUGACAGGCAUGCGUAUAGUUUCCCAUCGCUUGCCAGCUCUUCGAACAACAUAUUUCGGGUUUGUGUGAACACUAUCCUUCAUCGUGAUGAUUUCGGCGGGCAGGAUCUCCAGUCACAGCGGCUACAUCAGUCUAAUGAGCUCGCAACGUACAAAGUUCAACAGCUUGGAUCUACGAAAGUCUGCUGCGGAGACUCUCUGGUGCGCGAGUACUCCACUGUCUGUUCGUCCUUUUCUGUGAUCGAACAAUGGAUCUCGUUCUGUGUCACAAAGUCAAACAAAGGCUGGUCCGUGCUCGCCUGGAUGGACCACGACAGGCCCUUGGAACAAUCCCCCUCAGGUCCUUGGACAAGUCAUAUCCAAAGCAAGGCCACACCGCUGCCCGUGCUCCAGCAUCAUCCUAAGAUGGCAUUUCGAACCACCACGAAUCGUCUAGACACGGCGAGCAAUGCCGAAGCAGAUAUGCAACAGAGCACUGCUAUCCUCCCAAUGCAAUACGAUUCACUGAUCGCGCUAGUCGACUUGGCCCGUCGCGCACAACGGGAUCCGUUAUCCAUGUGCAUCCCACUAUUUACGCAUGCCGCGUUUUCAGAGGUUCAGUUUCUCAAUCUCAUGGAGUCCAGAAUCAAUAUUCAGAUCAACACCAUCACCCAAGGCGUACCUGCAGAUGCGCUAGAAACACUUCAAUAUUUUUACAACAUUCUGAACCGACAUGCCCAACAGCUUAAAGACAGCACACAAGCAAUCUACAGACUAGCCGAACGAGGAAGCCACGGACUGGAGGAUGUCAAGAUAGAUAACCACAUCCCGAAAGGUGCCGUACCGAUGGGUGCCGGCAGGGGCCGACGCCGGCAGACUUCAGAAACCGAAACGGCCCGGACCGUCGGAUCCGAUAACUCUGACGGGCCCUUCACACCAAAAGGCCUCCUGGGAGACUACGAACAGCUCCAUGUUCGUUGUGUCGAGCUCUCAAAAAUGUGCACUUGGGGCAUCACACUGGCCAUGAACAAAGCGACAAUAGAGGAGUCACGCAAAGCGAUCGAGCAGUCCGAGCGACUCAAGAAGUUGACUUUGCUGGCAACACUCUUCAUUCCGCUUACCUUCAGUUCGAGUCUUUUGGGGAUGAAUAUUGAUCUGCUUGGGCAAAAUGCGGUGAAGUAUUGGUGGUUCUUCGUGUUGUGUGUCCCAACGACUCUGGCUGCCUGUAUGUUUUAUCUCUGGGAUACUCUGGUACUGAAGCGGUAUUGGGCGAAAUUUUGGAAGCGAUGUCGCGCUCUUAAGAUGAACUUGACGCAUGAGAAGGGCGAGAAAGAUCCCAGUCAUCUUGUGUGA